AUGGGAAGUGCAUGCAAAAAUAUGAAAAAUACACAAGAUCUAAAAUUGAUCUAAAUGAAUUGCAAAAGCAGCAAAGGAUCUAAAAAACUAAAACGAGCAGACUUUCAACAUCCUAAACAGAUUUUGGAUUUUGAUAGUUCUUAUUCGAUUCGUUCGGAAAGAAAUUCAUCUUAAUUUUCUAAAACAAUUGGGCAUAUUAAUACUUCAAGUUGCAUUUAUAUGAUAAGACGAGAUAAUAAAUUUUUAUCUAGAAGAGUGAACAGUAGUUUAAAUCACAAUAGUCUAAGUUAAUUAAAGAAAGAUGAUCUAAUUUCAUAAUCAGAUUUAUCUAUAUAAUUAGUGGAAGAUGAUUAACUCAAAUUAAUAAUACCUUUUCAAACUAGACGGUCUUGGAGUAGAAGAAGAGUUACGACAAAAGUUGAUUUAUUAAAGAAAGUGAAAAAUUAGAAAUAUUAUGAAAGAUUUAAAAAGAGGAAAACUUGA